GCGACUGUCGAUAGACCCGGGUGGUUUGCAUAAUUACCGGUGCUUGUUAUUCUCUUGCUUUGCUUUUAUCCUGUGGAAAUUUCGUAAAUAAUUAUUCAUAGAUAUUUUAAUAAAGAGUGUAUGUACCUACUGGGCACCAAAAUCCCGAAUUGCGACCCAUGAGACAUCGUAACCAAUACCGGACUGAUUCGACAAAAAUUGAGAUGAAACCGAAUCCUCGUCUAUCAAGGGCUCUGAGAGCUUUCACAAACCUCAGUUCCCCCAUUUGUGGGAAGUUGACUGACACGUCAUCCCAUUAUUUAAGUGAACUUAGGAUAAAACAGCAAGAGCAAGACAACAAGAUCACAUGGACAAAAUUAGCUAGGGAAUUGGAAAAAUCAGGGAAAAGUUCAACAGAAAUUAGAGCAUUACUGAGUCCUCUUCGACAGGUGGCCCAAAAAAUAAUGGGUGAUGAGUGUGGAACAAAGGUGAUAGAGGACUGUGCAAUCAGCCUCAUAUUUUUCUUCUUUGAGAUGGAAAAUGUCACCCCGAAAAGCUUGUCCUCUUUUGGUUUUGGAGUAAUUGACCUUUCACUUGGAAAGGAGACACUCAAAAUUGUUAGAAAUUUAAUAAGCAAGUUACCAGAAACUGUGCUGAAGUACUUGAAAAGUGAAAGCUCUGAAGAACCUGUAACAGAAUUUGGUAAAGAUGUAAAAGUUUAUCCAAUAGACGAGCUCUCCGAAAAUGGUGUAGACGUGCUUAUGGACUGGGGCAAUGCUGCUAGCAAUUUUGAUGGACUUACAAAAAAAGAUAUUAGUUUCAAAUGGGAAGAUUCGAAAACAAACGACAGCAGAAUAUUUGAGCGAAAAGUGCAUGGUCGUGGUUGGCUUGAACAACAGCUAGCUCUUUCUGGUGGCAAUUCCCUUAAUAUUCCAAUAACCGAUCUCGUGGAUUCUAUAAUGAGCGUUAUAUGUUCUAAUAAGUCGGACGACGAAUUACAAACGGAGUUCUUUGAUCUACUGGGAUUCGAUCGAUUUGAGUUAAUACAAGACCUCCUAGAAAACAGAAAGGAAAUGAAAAAGGCAGAAAAGUCAAUUACCACCCAAGUUGCCAUAGCUUCGUCGAAAGUAAAACCUUAUUCUGCGGGCCCCGUCAUCAGUGGGCAAGUGCUUGUUCAAUCGGCACAGGAAAAAGAUUUGAUGAAACAGAUACGAAAAGAAGAAAAGCGGUAUCAGAAACUGCGACAAGGGUAUGAAAAUGACGUAGAAGAAGCGGCUUCCAUGAAAAUGUUCCAAGAACAACAACUAGUGGUAGCUUCCACACUCCCCAUAAUGAAACAUUCCGCUAGUAGAACAGUCAAAUAUCCUAACGUUUAUGAUUCAAUAGCCGAGGCAAAGCAGUCUUCUGCCUUUGUUGGUGGCAAGAAAAUGGCCUUACCAGAAUCUGCGACACGCACUAACACUGCGAGAUAUGAAGAAAUCAAUAUUCCUCUUACAGAACCAGCUCCGACAGAAGUAGGCAACACGUUAAUCCCCAUUGCUUCAUUGGAUGACAUCAGCCGAAAAGCGUUUGCCAAUUGCAAAAACCUCAACAAGAUUCAGAGUGUGGUGUUUGACACUGCUUACCGAACUAACGAGAACAUGUUAGUGUGCGCUCCGACGGGUGCCGGUAAAACAAAUAUUGCCAUGUUGACCAUUUUGCAAAUUAUCAAGCAGUACAUCAACAACGGGGUCCUUGAGAGAAAAGAUCAGUUUAAGAUAGUUUAUGUGGCACCAAUGAAAGCUCUGGCAGCUGAAAUGGCAGAGAAUUUCGGAAAACGUUUGGCUCCAUUAGGUCUAGUAGUGCGUGAGUUGACGGGCGACAUGCAGUUGACCAAGGCCGAAAUCAUGGCCACUCAAAUGCUCAUCACCACGCCCGAGAAGUGGGACGUGAUUACAAGGAAAAGCACGGGAGACAUUGCUCUGACGCAGCUAGUAAAAUUGCUCAUCAUCGACGAAGUUCACUUGCUCCAUGGUGAUCGUGGUCCUGUAGUCGAAGCUCUUGUAGCUCGUACAUUGCGGCAAGUCGAAUCUUCCCAAAUGAUGAUUCGCAUCCUCGGCCUUUCAGCCACACUGCCCAAUUACAUCGACGUAGCUCAUUUUCUGCGUGUCAAUCCCUACAAAGGCCUCUUUUACUUUGAUUCCCGCUUCCGUCCAGUGCCUUUAUCUCAAACGUUCAUCGGCAUCAAAGAGGUCAAUCCCAUGCGGCAGAUGCAACAAAUGGAUUUCGUUUGUUACGAAAAGGUCGCCGCCAUGGUACAACAAGGUCAUCAAGUAAUGGUGUUCGUGCAUGCCCGUAACGCCACCCUCAAGACAGCACAGACUUUACGAAUGCAAGCGCAGGAGAAAAACCAAUUACACUUGUUUCAGCCGGAGGACAAUAGCGGUUUUAAUACAGCCAUGAAGAAUGCGGGAAAAUCAAGGAAUAGACAUUUGGUCGACUUGUUGAAAGACGGAUUUGCCAUUCACCACGCCGGAAUGUUGCGAAGCGAUCGAAACCUUGUGGAGAAAAUGUUUGCUGACGGAAUGGCGCGUGUCUUGGUCUGUACUGCUACUUUGGCUUGGGGUGUUAACUUGCCCGCCCAUGCAGUCAUCAUUAAAGGAACCGAGAUUUACGACGCCAAGCACGGAGCCUUUGUCGAUAUUGGCAUCUUGGAUGUGCUUCAGAUUUUUGGUCGUGCUGGUCGUCCCCAAUUCGACAAAUCUGGUCACGGAACCAUUAUCACUUCGCACGAAAAGUUAGCGCACUACCUCUCUUUGCUGACGUGUCAGUACCCCAUUGAGAGUAGCUUUGAAAAAAAUAUGACGGACAACUUGAACGCCGAGAUUACGCUUGGAACAGUCGCCAACGUGGACGAAGCCGUCCAGUGGCUCAGUUAUACUUAUCUCUUCAUCCGCAUGAGAAAGAAUCCCAUCGCUUACGGCAUUAACCUGGAACAGAUCUUUGAUGAUCCUCACUUGGGCGGGAAGCGCAGGGAAUUGAUCGUACUGGCUGCACGAUCCUUGGAUAAAGCCAGAAUGAUCCGUUUCGAGGAAAGGACUGGCCUGCUGCACGCAACCGAUUUGGGUCGAACGGCCAGUCAUUUCUACAUCAAGUACGAUACAGUCGAGAUCUUCAACGAGCAAAUGCAUCCAGCUAUGAAUGAUGCUGAAAUAUUUGCCCUCAUAUCCAUGGCAACGGAAUUCGACCAGCUUAAAGUCCGCGAUGAUGAAUUAGAUGAACUCGACGGCUACCUGCACACGUACUGCGAACUGCCCGUCAGUGGUGGAAGCGAGAACAUUCACGGCAAAGUGAACAUUUUGCUGCAGACGUACGUCUCAAGAGGUCCAGUCAACUCGUUCAGUUUGAUCUCUGAUCAGUCGUUUAUCGUCCAAAAUGCAUCUCGUAUUGCUCGCGCGCUCUUUGAAAUUGUAUUACGCAAGAACUGGCCUCUGAUGUCUGGAAGGGUACUGCGUGUUUCCAACAUGAUCGAACAACGAGUGUGGGACUCACAGCAUCCGCUACGACAGUUUGCAACUCUUGGUCAAGACAUUCUCAUUAAGUUAGAAGAUAAAAAAUUAUCACUGGAACGAUUGCGCGAAAUGGACAGUAAAGAAAUUGGAUUUAUGAUUCAAAAUCAGCGGUCGGGACCGAUCGUGAAAAGGAAUGCUUCAGAAUUCCCUUAUUUAGAGGUGGAUGCCACAGUACAACCUAUCACGCGAACGGUAUUACGUAUCCGGCUUUGCAUCCGUCCCGAUUUCCGCUGGAACGAUCGAAUUCACAGUCUCUCGUCGGAGCCCUUUUGGAUGUGGGUAGAAGACCCCGAAAACAAUACGACAUAUCAUUAUGAAUCCAUCUCGCUGAGCAAGAGGCAAGUAACGCGGAAAGAAGAGCAAGUGAUUGUCUUUACUAUUCCGAUCUUCGAGCCGUUGCCGUCGCAGUACUACAUCCGCAUUGUCAGCGACCGUUGGCUCCGUUGCGAAAUCACGCAUCCCAUCUCGUUCCAGCAACUUAUCCUGCCGGAACGUCAUCCACCACACACGGCCUUACUGGAUUUGAAACCGUUGCCCGUCACGGCGCUGAAAAACCCCGAAUUUCAAAGCCUUUACUCGUUCCCUUACUUCAAUCCAAUUCAAACACAGUUAUUCCACGUUUUGUAUCACACUGACCAUAACGUUUUGUUAGGCGCACCCACUGGUUCGGGAAAAACCAUUGUGGCUGAAAUUGCAAUGUUCCGCGUCUUUCGGGAGCACCCUAAAAGCAAAGUGGUUUACAUUGCCCCCAUGAAAGCGCUGGUUCGCGAGCGAAUGGAUGAUUGGCGAGAACGUUUAGGCCGUCGGCUGGGCAAGAACGUCGUGGAAUUAACUGGAGACGUCACACCUGACGUCAGGGCCAUAAGUCGGGCGGACGUCAUUGUCACCACACCCGAAAAAUGGGACGGUGUCAGCCGAUCGUGGCAAACUCGUGAUUAUGUCCGUGCUGUUGCUCUCAUCAUCAUCGAUGAAAUUCAUUUGCUGGGCGAAGAUCGUGGCCCAGUUCUUGAAGUUAUCGUUUCCCGUACCAAUUUCAUCGCGUCGCACACGGGCCGUUCCCUUCGUCUGAUUGGACUGUCGACUGCUGUGGCGAACGCUCGCGAUUUGGGUGAUUGGCUCAAUAUCGGCCAAGUUGGCCUCUUCAAUUUCAGGCCUUCCGUCCGGCCCGUCCCUCUGGAAGUUCACAUUUCCGGAUUCCCCGGUAAACACUACUGUCCCCGCAUGGCCACGAUGAAUAAGCCGACGUUCCAGGCGAUCAAGCAACACUCUCCAGACAAACCGGUCCUGGUGUUCGUCUCAUCUCGACGUCAGACACGUUUGACAGCCCUGGAUCUGAUCGGUUAUCUGGCUGCCGAGGAGAGCCCUCGACAGUUUGUCCGUAUGCCCGAACGAGACAUGGAACAACUAACCCUGUCUAUUCGAGAUCCCAAUCUCAAGUUGACUCUUUCUUUCGGUGUUGGAAUCCACCACGCCGGAUUGACAGAGAAGGACCGUCGCUUAGUGGAGGAAUUGUUCGUCAACCAAAAAAUCCAAGUCCUGAUUGCCACCGCAACGUUAGCAUGGGGUGUCAACUUUCCUGCCCAUCUUGUCGUCAUCAAGGGCACCGAAUACUACGAUGGAAAGUCACGUCGCUACGUUGAUAUGCCCAUCACUGAUGUUUUGCAGAUGAUGGGACGAGCAGGACGACCACAGUACGAUGAUCAUGGAGUUGCCUGUGUUUUGGUGCACGACAUUAAAAAGGAUUUUUACAAAAAGUUCUUGUACGAACCGUUUCCAGUUGAAUCUAGUUUGUUGGACGUGCUCCCGGAACAUCUAAAUGCUGAAAUAGUGGCUGGCACAAUUUGUUCCAAACAAGAAGCUAUUGACUAUUUAACAUGGACGUAUUUCUUCAGACGAUUGCUACAAAAUCCGGCGUAUUACGGUCUAGAACAGCUGGAACCCACCGAUGUUAAUCGGUAUUUGACAUCGUUGAUUCAGCGUUCACUCUCGGUUCUCGAAGCUGCUUCAUGUACCGAAAUCGAAGAAGAUGGUCGUGUAGCGCCCACUUCACUCGGCCGGAUUGCUUCCUACUAUUACCUGAGCUAUCACACGUUGCAAUUGUUCCGCGAUCGGCUAAAUCAAGAUACGACGCUGGAAGAUCUGUUGUCCAUUUUGAGUGAUGCGCACGAGUAUAGCGAACUGCCCGUUCGCCACAACGAGGAUUUGCUCAACGCCGACUUGGCCAAAAAUUGCCUUUUGCCCGUCAAUCCUUAUUCGUUCGAUUCGUCGCACACCAAAGCUCAUUUGCUCUUCCAGGCGCAUUUUUCGCGCAUGAGUUUACCCUGUGCCGACUACGCCACCGAUACCAAAUCGGUGCUGGAUCAGUCGAUCCGUAUCUUGCAAGCUAUGAUGGAUGUAGCAGCUGAAGGAGGUUGGUUGGCCACCACAUUGCGCAUCCAGCAGCUCCUCCAAAUGGUCAUACAAGCUAUAUGGAUCCACGACCCGGCCGUUUUGAUACUUCCGCAUUUUGACACGUUUAUUUUGCCCGUCCUUCGAACCCGCCAAGAACAACUAAUGCAUUUGCCCGUCUUACAAAAAGCCGUUGCAGUGGACUUUGCAAAACUGUCUAAUUUACUGAGCACGGAUUUCAGCGCAGAUCAGAUACAGGAAGUGCGUCAAGUCAUUUCUAAUUUACCCGUCAUUGACAUUUCAAUGUCCGUUGUAUGGGGUACAACGUCAACGCCUCUAUCCAUCAUCCCCAACUGCGGGCUACAAGAGGCCGAAUGGAUUGACGUACCCGCAGAUCAAGAGUGCCUUCUCGAUAUCACUUUCACUCGUCAGAGCCUGUUUGAGACAGCCCCUGUUGUCACGGGAGGAGCUCGUCCUAAAAAAUCUGUGCAAUCUGUUGCUGUCGAUAGUGGAGCCAUGGGCAGCGGGACCAACCAAACGGGCCGCAGCCGAUCUGUUUAUGCUCCUAAAUUUCCGAAAUCGAAGGACGAAGGAUGGUUUUUAACUCUUGGUUCGGUUGAGAAACAAGAAUUGUUAGCACUGAAACGUGUGACUUUGCCAAGGAUGAAAUGCCCGCAUCAAUUGAGCUUCACGACUCCUCAAAAACUCGGCCGACUGAUGUUGACAUUUUAUUUCAUGUCAGACAGCUAUGUCGGUCUGGACCAGCAAUAUACCGUCUACCUAAACGUUUGCAAAGCCAAACCCACCGAGUCCGAUGAAUACGAGGCAGAUAACGAUUUCUACGGCAACAAGAUUGAACUGUGAUUACUUUUUUUUUUCCCGACCGUCCCUAGGAUGAAUUACUCCCCUUUGUUAUUUUUUGAAACUAUGAUGGCUGUUGUUGAAAAUUCGUUUGCGAAAACGUUGUGCAAGAACCAAUAUUUUUUAUAUUGUUCAUUUGCAUAAACAGGGAAUAAAGAAACGGUUGUAAGAAGAA